GAGAGAGAGAGAGAGAGAGAGAGUGAAAGAGAGACGAGUACACAGACAGACGGAGCAAGCAAGACAGAUAGGUAGGAGAGCUAGAGCAAGAGAAGAAGAAAAAGAGUGAGCACACAAGAAAGACAGCAAGAGAGAGGGUGGGAGUGAGAGCACCAGAGACAGAGGGACAGCUAGAAAGAGAGAGAGACGGCUGUGUGUUUCCUCAGCUGUUUUCCCGAGGACAUGGCAGGCAUGGCGUCGGAGUCAGGCACCCAGUCCAGGGUGAUGUUCCAAUCCGCAGAUAAAAAAGAGGAGCCUACGCAUCGCAAACUGGGCAAGCUGACCGUCAAAUACAACCGCAAGGACCUGCAGAGGAGGCUGGAUAUUGAGGAGUGGAUCGACAAUCAGCUGCACCUUCUUUUCGACUGUGAGGAGGAGGAGAUCCCAGAGUUAGAGAUUGACAUAGAUGAGCUGCUGGAGCUAUCGGACGCGGAGCAGAGAUCCAGACUGCAGGAGUUACUGCAGGAAUGUGACAAGCCAAAAGAGGACUUUAUCAAUGGGCUGCUUUAUCGGAUGAAGGGCCUACGCAAAAUGUCAGGGCCCCUGAAUAAAUAAUUAUAGGUCAAAUCAAGAAUCAAGACAAUGUGAAGCCUCCCCGGCCCACCCCGUCAUUACCUGGUAUUCUGGAUGUCUCUCUGUGCAGUUACAUGUUAAUGGGAUCCUCUCUCUGCACACAUGGGUCAAUGUUGGUCUGUAAAGAGAACAGUGGGUUUUGAUUAGUGUUUUAUAUUACAUUAUUUAUGGACAGUUUUAACAUUUUGAUUCCCCUCAGUACCAAUAAUGCACCAGUAAUAACAUGUAUUGUCUAUUACUCACAUGGAAUGUUUUUGUGUAAGACUGUACAUUUUUUGGUUGCCUAUUUAUGUACAAAUUUUUUUGUUCUGAUAACAGUGUUUUAUGUCAAUAAAAACAACAUUUUUGAGA